CGCUCGGUAUACAGUUUCGUAUCGUACCGAGCGAGCGUCAAAACUCCGGUACGGUACGAAAUUACAGACCUUGCUUGGGCCUCACAUCGCCAUGCCCGAGCACCUAGGCGAACAUUUGGAACACUUCUUGGCAUCUUUGGUUAGCCAAAUAGUUUGACACCAAUACAAAACUUUUAUGGAUGAAUGCAAUAAGAAUUCAAUUUCAAAGAAGGUUGUGGCAUAUGAAUCAAAGGAACUUAAAGUGUCCUGGUCUUUGGACCUUUUUUUUCUUUUAUCUUUUAUUUAAGUCUAUUUCCUGUUUAGCUCGCUAAGGGAAGUCAAAGUAGGAAAGAUAUAGUUUAAUUAGGGGCUAGAGUUGUUGCAAUGCCAUGCUAUGGUGCUAGUUAACUUCUGACAUGGGUCAUUAGCUAAUACUGCUUGCAUUAUUUAAAUAAAUCAGAAUAAUAAUUCACAUUUGAGACACAAAACAGGAUUGUAUUGGUAGCUUGGCAUAUCGCACAUGUUGCACUUACCUGGGGUCAGCCAGUCUACUACCUGGAGUAGGAAUCGUUGCUGUUACAGCCUCAUUGCAUCCGGAAGUAACUCAUUUUACUGUUUUAGUUUCGCUCUGUUGGGUACAAAAGUUGAUGGUUAGUAAUUGCCAAUUGUAAUGCAGCUUUUAAAGUUUUCUCAGCCCUGGAUGCAUUACACUUGUGGUCAUGCAUGAUAUUCAGCUACUGUAAAAAGGAAUGGUUGACUAGUAGCCUUCCCUGGCAUGGCUUUGUUUGUAUUCUCCAUGUCAUGUCAGUUUUCUGUACUUUUGAGUUUGCACCCCUUGUUUUUGGUACUUAGCAAUUUGAUCUACAUGUCUGGUACAUAUUACCUUAUGAUUGUCUCUUAUGCUUGCUGAUCUCUAUGUUACUUUUGUUAGCUUGAAUCAGUCUUGUUCUAAUUCACUUCAGUAACUGUUUUUCGUGAGCCUAUUCUUUGCCGCAAUGUGCCACGCAUUGUUGCUGGUAAAAAUGAAAUUUUACUUGGUGAUAAGUUAAUUUUUGUGUGUAUGUAUGUGCGUGUUUGGAGGUCUUUGCUUAUGCUGUAUACUUAAAGGUCCACCUGUGGAGCAAGAUGUUUAUGAAUUUAAAGGCUCUGGUAUUGCAUUAUCUAUGUAUAAUGUAGAUGAGGUUUGUCAUAUAUAGUCUUAUGUAGGAAAUUUUACAGAGAUAUUCUUUGUUGAUCAUACAAAAUUGGAAACUCUUUUCAGUCCAUUUGGGCUUUUGCUGAGUCAUCAAUGUCUAUGGCAUUUGCAAAAAAGUGGCCACUUUACUUAAGCACCAAAAAUACCAUAUUGAAGAAAUACGAUGGCAGGUUUAAGGACAUUUUUCAGGAGGUUUAUGAAGAAAAAUGGAAGUCAAAGUUCGAAGAACAAUCAAUAUGGUGGGAACAUCUGUUGUAUGAGCAUAGGCUGAUUGAUGACAUGGUAGCUUAUGCAUUGAAAAGCAGUGGUGGUUAUGUGUGGGCCUGCAAAAAUUUUGAUGGAGAUGUCCAGAGCGAUUUCCUCGCCCAAGGAUUUGGUUCAUUGGGCUUGAUGACGUCUGUAUUGUUAUCAUCUGACGGGAAAACAUUAGAAGCUGAAGCAGCACAUGGGACUGUGACUCAACAUUUUAGGCUACAUCAGAGAGGACAAGAGACUAGCACGAACAGUAUUGCAUCAGAGAGGAUCUUGCACUUCUUAUCCAUGGUCCAAGAGUGUCCAGAGAAUUCUACUUGAACACCGAGGAGUUUGUUGAUGCUGUUGCUCAGAACCUUAAAGAGAAGAUCCAAGUAGCAGCAGUUAUUUAAAUGCUUUGUUAAUUUUCAAGAUGGAUGACGUUUCUACUCAAAAAAAAAAAAAGAAAAAAAAGAGAGAAAAGGAGGAGUUGGAUUUGAAGAGUAUGUCAAAAAGUUACAGCAUCUGAUGAGCAUGAAGGCUAUUAAUAAUGAGGUUUUGUCUAUGCAGCAGACAGAUAUCUGAAGAAAAACAGUUGGUUGUUGCUUACAUAUCAGGAAUAACAAUGGUAAGCCUAGUGUUAUUGUCUUUA